AUGGAGAGCUCCCGCCUGCGGCAGCUACCCCUUCUGGGUGCAACCUUGCUACUGGUCCUGCUCGGGGCCAGCUGCCAGGAGGAUUCCGGGUUGCAGCCUAGAGCCUUGGAUAUCUACUCCACUGUGGAGGAUACUUCCCAUGAGAAGGAACUGGUAAGAGCACUGCAAGAAGUUCUGAAGAAGCUGAAAAGUAAACGCAUUCGGAUCUACGAGAAAAAGUAUGGCCAGGUCCCCAAGUGUGAUGCUGGAGAACAAUGUGCAAUAAGGAAAGGAGCCAGAAUUGGGAAACUCUGUGAUUGUCCUCGAGGAACUUCCUGCAAUUCCUUUCUCCUGAAGUGCUUAUAA